GUUUCAAUGUUAUCGACGGCUGGAUGAUGUACAACGUACGGAAUAUCAAAUCCAAAAUUGACACAUUUCAAAUUCGAUCGAAACCCCUUUUUGUUCCAUAAACCAAAAACCGACACAGAAUCAUUCGAUCGUAAACACAACGCAGAUCGCAAAUCCAUUGUUCAUACCGAUCCACAAACCCCUCAAUCACUCAAAACCCUAAUUUAUUUAGGGUUAUUACAGAUUUAAGAGUAUGAAGAUCACAGCGUUGCUAGUAUUGAAGUGCGAUUCGAGAUCAGACGGGUCGGAUCCUGUGAUACUAGCAAACGCAACGGAUGUGAGUCAUUUUGGGUAUUUUCAAAGGGUUACGGUUAAGCAGUUUAUCGUGUUCGUGGGUCGGACUGUUGCUAAACGGACCCCUCCGGAUCAACGGCACUCUGUUCAACAUGAAGAGUAUAAGGUGCAUUCGUAUAACCGAAACGGUCUAUGUGUUGUGGGCUUCAUGGAUGAUCACUAUCCCGUUAGAAGUGCAUUCUCUGUACUUAACAAGGUGAUAGAUGAGUAUCAAAAAUGUUUUGGUGAUUCAUGGAGGACUAUACAGGCAGACAGUACUCAACCGUGGCCUUAUCUUAAUGAAGCUUUAACUAAGUUUCAGGACCCUGCAGAGGCAGAUAAGCUGUUGAAAAUUCAGCGGGAAUUAGAUGAAACCAAAAUUAUCCUCCAUAAAACCAUCGACAGUGUUCUUGAAAGAGGGGAAAAACUCGACAGUUUAGUUGAGAAGAGUUCAGAUCUCAGUGCAGCUUCACAGAUGUUUUACAAGCAGGCAAAGAAGACGAAUCAGUGCUGCACAAUUUUAUGAGAAGUUUCCGUAUGUUUUCUAGUAAUAUUUCCCAUUUUCAUGUGUUAACCGUUUGGAGAAAUCGAUGUUCGAUGGAGAAGCAUUGUAAACAUAAUAUUGAUGCUACAAUGUGUUGCUUUGUUUUGUUUUUACUGUGUAUCAUAAUAUUCAGGUUUGUGUUUAGUGUCAUGCACUUUACAUAUAUUUUUAUGUUGGAGUAAA